GCAAGAUGGCAAAGCUUCUACUUGGAACAGCAUUGGUCUUGUUGGCAUGCCUGGAACUGGGCUCUGCCUACAGACUGGUUUGUUACUUUACAAACUGGGCUCAGUACAGACCAGGAGCGGGGAAGUACAAGCCAGAGAACAUAGACCCUUGCUUGUGCACACAUCUGAUCUAUGCUUUCGCUGGAAUGAAGAACAAUCAAAUCACCACCUAUGAAUGGAAUGAUGUGAUCCUCUACCACACUUUCAAUGGCCUUAAAAACAAGAAUGGUAAUCUUAAGACACUCCUGUCCGUUGGAGGAUGGAACUUUGGAACUCAGAGAUUCACCGCCAUGGUUUCCUCAUCAGGAACUCGCCAAGUUUUCAUUAAUUCUGUGAUUAGCUUCCUGCACCGUUAUGGAUUUGAUGGUUUGGACAUUGAUUGGGAAUAUCCUGCAUCAAGAGGCAGUCCCCCACAAGACAAAUAUCUCUACACUGUGUUAGUGCAGGAAAUGAUGGCAGCGUUUGAAGCUGAGGGGAGAAGCACAGGAAGACCGAGACUGCUGCUCUCUGCUGCAGUUGCUGGUGGCAAGAGUAAUAUUGAUUCUGGCUAUGAGAUUCCUGAGCUCGGAAAAGUUUUUGACUUUAUCAAUGUGAUGACAUACGAUUUCUUUGGACCUUGGAGCCAUACCACUGGAGAAAAUAGCCCUCUUUAUCCUCUCCCAAAUUCCCAAAGUGCUCUCAACUUGGAGCUUAAUGUGAACUAUGCAAUGAAUUACUGGAAAGAAAAUGGAGCUCCUGCAGAGAAACUGAAUGUUGGAUUCCCAACAUAUGGCCACACCUUCAGACUGAGCUCAUCCAACACUGGAGUUGGAGCCCCAGCAUCAGGUCCUGGACCAGCUGGGAAGUACACAAGACAAGCUGGAUUCUUGUCAUAUUAUGAGAUCUGCACAUUUUUGAAAAGUGCCACCAUGAAAUGGAAUGCUCCACAAGUGGUUCCAUACGCAUAUAAAGGAAAUGAAUGGCUUGGACAUGAUGAUGUGAAGAGUUUUAGAGAUAAGGUUGAGUGGCUGAAAAACAACAACUAUGGGGGAGCUAUGGUGUGGGAUCUUGCUCUGGAUGACUUCUCCGGAACUUUCUGCAACCAGGGGCCUUAUCCUCUCAUCAAUACACUGCACACAGGGCUUGGAAUCUCUCAAGUUUGUGUUCCAUCUAAAACGGCAGUACGACUAGUUGUUCCUCCUAUGCAGGCCCCCAGUGGUGGUGGCAGCAGUAGCAGUGAUGGAAGUGGGUUCUGUGCUGGCAAAGCUAAUGGUGUCUACGCUGAUCCAAAAGACAAGAACAAAUAUUAUCAAUGUGUGAAUGAAGUGAGCUACAUGAAGCAUUGUGCUGCUGGACUAGUCUUUGACCCUUCCUGUGACUGUUGCAGCUGGGUUUAAGUAGAAGGUAUGGGUUCUUGUUAAUCUAAGUAACAAUUGAAAGCAGAUGUUCUGUGUAAAUCAGUAAUAUUUGGAUGGUGUAAAAUACCAAUGAAGCCUUUAUUAGGAGCCCUAAAGGAAUAUGUCAGAAGCUUAAUAUGGACAAACUAUUAAAUUUUAAUCCAAACGUGGUCUGCUUGAUGUACAAUUUCAGCAAAUUCUGACAACGUGUAUACCAAAUGAAUGUAUUUUCAUCUUCCUUUGAUUUGAAUUGAAUUGUAUGCUCCCAGAGAUGGUGUUAUUUUCUUUCGUAAUGAGAUACUGUGUUGUUUGCAAGGCUAGCCUUAACUGCACAUCCGUUAAUUACCUUUGUUAAAGUGGGGAUUAACGGCCUUCUUGAACUGCUGCAGCCCCCAUGGCAGUGUUCUGAUAUCAUAGUUAUCUGGAAGAACAAGAAAAUAAUUAGAAUUAAAAAUUAGACCCUAUAUAUGCUGGUUAUACCACUUAUGUCAUAGAAUGGCUACAGUGAAGAAGCAGGCCAUUCAGUCCAUCGAGUCCACACCAACCCUCCAAACAGCUUCUCAUCCAGACCCACAACCCUCAACCCUAUCCCCGUAAUCUUGCA